GAUUGGCUGAAGAAAGAUGAUCAAUCUUUCAUCACUGGGCGGCAACAGUCCCUCUUCCUCUAUAAAAGGAGAACCCCCAUAAUGCAUUUUAAUCACUGAAGAAUUACUCUAUUUAACAGUGUAAAGUUUUAGUAUUCUUUCAAAUGGCUACUAAAAUUCUUUUGUUAGGGUUCCUUGCUUUAACAUGCUCACUUGCCUCUGCAUCUGAUAGCAGUCCUCUACAAGAUUUCUGUGUGGCAGACCCCAAUGGCCCAGUGAAAGUGAAUGGUUUCGCUUGUAAGAAUGUCAUGGCUGUUCAAGCCUCCGACUUCUCCUUUGGUGGUCUUCACAUAACCGGCAAUACAAGCAAUCCCGUUGGCUCGAGGGUAACCCCAGUUACAGUAGCCCAAGUAGCGGGACUUAACACUCUUGGCAUCUCAUUGGCUCGCAUAGACUAUGCGCCAAAGGGUAUCAACCCUCCUCAUACUCACCCAAGGGCCAGCGAAAUCCUCACUGUCGUGGAUGGCAGCCUUGAAGUAGGGUUUGUCACUUCCAACCCUGACAACCGUCUCAUUGCAACAGUUCUUCAGAAGGGUGACGUGUUUGUGUUCCCUGUGGGCCUCAUUCACUUCCAGCGCAACGUCGGAAAGGGAAGUGCCAUUGCCAUUGCAGCUCUUAGUAGCCAAAAUCCAGGAGUCAUAACAAUUGCUAAUGCAUUGUUUGGUUCCAAGCCUGAUAUCUCCACCGAUAUUCUCGGCAAGGCUUUCCAAGUUGAUAAUAGCGUCAUUGCUAAACUUCAGGCCAAGUUCUAGGCAAUAAUUUGCAGAAGAAUGAUUCCGCCGAGUGUUUCUUAGUACUUGGUACUGUUUAUAUAUUAAUAUUGUUUUGGGGCUGAAGAAGUGUGCUUCUUGUGUUGUUUUUAUUGGUUGCUUCCAAGAGAGGAAUCGGUUCUGCAAAUUCAUUCUGUAAUGGACGUUUGUUGUAUUUUUGUAUUUUGAGCGUUUUCACGCGCUGUUGUGAAAUAUCGUCUACACCGUCAUGCACACGGCUUGUGAGCGUUCCUUUCGAUUAAUAAGAUUCUAGUACUUUUGUCA